CACGUAGGCAUCUCGGAUGCCCAGCCCCGACUCAAGACCCCCGGUACACAACUCCUCUGCGACACGGUUCCCAUCACUUUCUUUUGCUUCACUAAAAGACACAUUUCUGGAGUUGUACGGUUUGCAAAGAAGAGGAAUACAGGAUCCGCUGAAUCCCAAAGUAUAUUUUAGAGGAGGGGAACUUUUAUAUUAGACGAUGGCCAACUCUGGUGUUCAGUUGCUGGGCUUUUUCAUGUCGUUGAUUGGCAUCGUUGGACUGAUCAUUGGGACUAUUCUGCCCCAGUGGAAGAUGUCAGCGUACAUCGGGGACAACAUCAUCACAGCGGUGGCCAUGUACCAGGGACUGUGGAUGUCAUGCGCGUUCCAAAGUACCGGACAGCUCCAGUGCAAGAUCUACGACUCCAUUCUGCAGCUCGACAGUUCGCUCCAGGCCACUCGUGCCUUGAUGAUAGUUGGCAUCAUUGUGUCCGUCGCAGGUCUGGGCGUGGCCUGUAUGGGAAUGAAGUGCACCACCUGUGGAGAGAGCGAAAAAGUGCGCAAGUCCCGCAUCGCCAUGACAGGAGGCAUCAUCCUACUCGUGGGAGGGCUGUGUGCCAUCGUAGCGUGCUCCUGGUUUGCUCAUAAUGUGAUCCGGGCUUUCUAUAAUCCCUACACUCCAGUCAACACCAAGUUUGAGUUUGGCGCUGCCAUCUUCAUCGCCUGGGGCGGCUCCCUCCUAGACGUCCUGGGCGGAGCCAUGUUGGCUGCAUCCUGUCCACGAAAGAAACAGGCGUCUAAGUACCCGUCCAUGGGCACUUCCCGCUCUGGUCCGCCUAGCAGCACUAAAGAAUAUGUCUGAGAACCUCCCCCCCUACUGCUUUGGACUCCAACAGAAGCUUAGCCACCCCUCACUCCCCUCACCGAAGAGUAAAACUGAAGGUGUAUGGGGAGUUGUGAAUCAUAGAGGCAAAGAAUUACUGAAAUGGGACUUUUUCUUUUUUCUUCAGGCAGACCUUUGAUAACCCCCAUGAUUAUCAUGCACUCAUUAUUGUUUCGUGAAUGAUGUCUCACACCCCAACCACACAUUCUGCGAUUGUUUACAAGUAACCUUCACAAAUCCAUUAUAAUUAGAUCCCCUGACUUAAUCGACAAGCCCUCGGGGCGUAACCUCGCGAAUUGCAGCCUAAAUGGUGGGUUUUAGCCAACAAUCGCACCUUCACGUUAGAACCAGCGUUCUAUUAGCGUUUGCCAUGUAAUUGAAAGUAAUCAAUUCCAGUUCGGUGUCUAGGCUGCGACUCAUGGUCGCCGUACAACAGAGACACAGGGUGACAAAUCAGUGUUUUAUAUGAACCGUCGGUGGUUUUAAAAUAGACCCUUCGAUGAGCAGGGUGCGACUUCACACACAGGGCUGAGCGUGUAGGGUGGCCGUAUCACACAGGCCUUUUACUACAACACUCGGUACAGGCCCUGCAGCUUUUCGUACCAGUCUGUUACAAACCCUGCUCAGAUAUGAAAUAUUUUCUUAAGUAGUCACUGUGCCGUUAUCACUCUAACAGCUUCCAUAUCAUCCACUAUGAUAUUAAACUGCCUCUAUUUAUUUUGACAAACGUAGGAUGAG